AUGGCUAAGGAGCUGGAGAAGGAGAUGGCGGCAGCAGGUGUGGAGGUCUUGCGGGUGGGCCCAGGAAUGGACAGAAGAGCCAUCGGAAGCACCUACUCCAGACUGCGUGCAUCGAUGGACGGGUCGAUCGGUGUGGAUUGCGAGGGCACGCAUGGGCACACCGGAGCCAACGGCCCCUUGAUGGUGCAAGUCGCUUCGAAGACGGUCGCCGUGGUGGAGGUACCUCAGAAGCCUGGACAAUAUUCCCUGGAGUUACGGGAGCUGCUAGCGGACGCCGGCAUCCAAAAGGUUUUCUGCCAGGGGAAGGGGGACAUUGCAGCGUUUGGAAAGUGCUCCCCGCCCCUGGAUGUCGGGGUGUGUUUCGUCGAUUUGAAGGACAUGACCGACCUCCCCAAGAAUCCGUCGCCUGGUCUUGCGGCAGUCCUAAGCCGUGCCGAUCCACAAGGAGUGCGCUGGAGCAAGCAGAGCUUCAACAAGCGGCGCUGGUGGACGUUGCAGUCCAGUAAGGCCAUGCUCGCUGAGCCAGGUUUCGUGUCCUAUGCUGCUGCUGAUGCCUGGGGCACGCUUCUGGCCCAUGACAUGCUGACAGGUCAGGCUGUCAGAUCUCCUGACAAGGCGAACUCAACUGCCAACAGAAACGAUAAGAAUCAGCAGACUAAAAAAAGGAAGAGGAAGAAGAAGAAACAGAAGAACGAGCAAGAGGACAAGGAGGAGGGGAAGGAGGACGAGGAGGAGGAAGAGCCCCGCCUCUCAAGGGGUGCGCACAGAGAUGCCAGCCCCUUGAUCCAGGCUUCCGGUACCCGACGCUGCCUUGAUGCUCUUGGCUGGGCGUGCCGGCUGUGCCAGGGGAGGUAA